UUUCUCCUUUUAAGUGGUUGACUUGCACCUUAUACCUUCCCAUCUUCCUACCUCUUUAAGGAUCUACUCUCCUUCCUUGUCUUUGUAUUCCUCUUCUCUAUUAGCCUCCAACCAUCCUCUCUCUCUCUCUCUCUCAUCCAAGCACAGGCAUGGCUAUGAGUCACUUGAGCAUGGUGGAGGCGAGACUGCCACCAGGGUUCAGAUUUCACCCUCGGGAUGAUGAGCUCGUUUGCGACUACCUGGAGAGGAAGGUGUCCGGGGAGAAUGGAAAUGGCGGCAUGCACGGGUGGCCUGUAAUCGUCGACGUUGAUCUCAACAAGUGUGAACCAUGGGAGCUUCCUGAAAUGGCGUGCGUAGGCGACAAGGAGUGGUACUUCUUCAAUCUUCGGGACCGUAAGUAUGCCACCGGACAGCGAACGAAUCGAGCAACUCGAUCGGGUUACUGGAAAGCGACCGGGAAGGACCGACGGGUGGCCCGAAGGGGGAUGCUCGUGGGCAUGAGGAAGACGCUGGUGUUCUAUCGAGGCCGAGCUCCCAAGGGUAGGAAAACCGAUUGGGUCAUGCAUGAAUUCCGCAUCGAAGCAUCCUCCGACCCUCCCAACUUCUCCUUCGAGGAGGAUUGGGUCCUGUGCAGGGUGUCCUCCAAGACCAGAGGAGUGAUCACCAAGCCUGAUGUCAAGAAUUAUGAUGAUGACACAAGUUCUUCCUUCAAGAACACGUACAUCACCUUCGACCAAGCGCCGCGUAGCUUAGAGGGGUUCGAGCAAGUGCCCUGCUUCUCCAACUUCACCGCACAGCUUGCUGCUGCAGCUCCUCCUGUGGGCUCACCAGACCUGAGUUAUUACGAUAACAAGUUCUCCGCAAGGCCUGCCUUCGACCACUUCCCCAAAUUGAAUCCUCCAAACAUAAUUCAGGAAAACUUAGGAAGCUACUUUGGUGAAAAUGCUGUCUCUCACAUUUGGAAUCCUUUUUGAGUUCAUUGAAUUUGUGAGAUUGAUAGUGACAUACCAUUUGGAGCAGGGGGACAUCUUUCUUGUAUAUAUACGCAUUGGUCUAACGAUGUCCCCACACAAGGAAGGAAGGAGGACUGUUGUGUGUGUGCUUGGUGUAAUACUUUUUCUAGGGAGUGAUUCCUUUGUGACAAUACAAUAAUUUAUAC